AUGACCGAUUCGACAAGCACCUCUUAUACAACAUCUGCUACAACAUCUAUUAAUACAAAUUGUAGAAGAAAAACUAGAGGUGUCGCGAUGUAUACCAAAGUGAAAAAAGCCCAUGAAACCGGUGUUCGCUACCCAGUUACAGUUGAUGCUGCAACUGGCAUGGCUUAUGGUGAACACGCUAACGAUUUUAUGGGUUACAUUGUGUUACAAUAUAGAAGUAAAGAUGAUCUGGUUGAACAAAUCAAAGUCGGCUUCUUCACUUCACAAGAUCGCCAUGACAUCUUGGAAAAUGAGAAGCAUGAUAGAAAGUUGGAGGAGGAGAGGAAGAGGUGGAUGGAGGAGCAAGAUAGGAAGUUGGAGGAGGAUAAGAAGAGAUGGAGGGAGAAGCAUAAUAGGAAGUUAGAGGAGGAUGGGAAGAUGUUUGAGGAGGAGGAGGAGAAGAGGUGGAGGGAGGAGAAUGAUAGGAAGUUAGAGGAGGAGAGAAGGUGGUUGUUGUCGACGAUGUGGGAAAGUGUCUAA